AUGAAAAACGCAUUUCAUCGCUUGGACAAUGAUAGAACGGUUGGUAUAUUCAUGUAUAUCGGCAUGCUAUUGACUAAACAAGCUAAAUAUAAUCAGGCCGUGUCAUACUACAUGAAAGCCGUUGGAAUCAAAGAAAAAAUCCUUCCCGUUGGACAUGCUACUCUUAUUGAUUGUCUCACUAACACUGGCAUCGCAUAUCGAGACAAAGGUAAUUUUACGGUUGCUUUUGAUUAUUUUGAAAAAGUUAAGAAAAAUGCAGAACCAGCCAAUGGUCGCUCACCGAAUUAUAUUCAGAUAGCUCGUCUUACUGACAAUAUGGGCAUUUCACUUAAUCGUUAA